CAUUUUAUAUUGAAACUUUGUGUUUAUGGGUUUUUGCAAAAUGAAGAAGCUUAUUAUUUUCGUGUUGGGUGUAGUUUUAGUAACUACUGAACAAAUUGCGGCGCAGGAGAAGAACGUCGUCUGUUAUUACGGAACCUGGGCGGCCUACAGAAACGGUCUGGGAAAAUUUGAAGUAAAGAACAUCAACUCGGAACUUUGCACACACAUCGUUUACACGUUCCUGGGAAUAAAAAGAAGUGGCACUGUUGUGUCUUUGGACCCGUAUUUGGAUUAUCCGGAAAAUUGGGGCAGAGAUACUUUAAGAAAAUUCAACGCUCUUAAAGAACAAAAUCCAAAUGUCAGAACAUUACUCGCUGUUGGUGGAUGGAAUGAGGGCUCAGCUAAAUACUCUGUUAUGGCAGCGACGCUGAAGCUUCGAAAGAACUUCAUCACCAGUGCUAUUGAAAUAAUAAAAAAAUAUGGUUUCGAUGGCUUAGACCUCAACUGGGAAUAUCCCAAUCGGGGCGACAGUGUCUAUGGCGAGGAUGACAUUGAUAACUUCACGCAGUUAUUAAAAGAAUUGAGAAAAGCGUUUGAUAAAAAUGGGUUGCUCCUUACUGCUGCGGUGUCGUCUGUAAAAUCUGUGGCGUCUCUAUCUUAUGACAUACCGGCAAUCAGUCAAUAUUUAGAUCUAAUAAACGUCAUGGCAUACGAUUUGAACGGCGCCACAGAUGUAGUUACUGGACACAAUUCCCCCCUUCAUCGAGGUGAAGGAGAUAAACACGUAGCAAAGGAUGACUUGAAGACUAUUGAUGCUGUUUUGGAAUAUUGGCUUCAACAAGGAUGUCCACCAGAAAAACUUAUACUAGGCCUGCCUCUUUACGGUCAUACAUUCAAGUUGUCUAAUGCUACGAAUAAUGGGGUCCGCGCUCCAUCAGACGGUCCUGGCAUUUCUGGGCCCUAUACCGCUACUAGAGGCAUGAUCGGAUACAACGAACUGUGUAUGAAGUUUCGUAGAGAGUCGUGGAAAAUAAAAUACGACAAUUCAGCCAAAGUGCCUUACGCUGUACAAGGAAAUAAUUGGAUAUCGUACGACGACGCCCAGUCGUUAACCGCUAAAGUGAAAUAUGCUUUACAAUUAAAUAUCAGUGGAAUUAUGCUUUGGAGCAUUGAUACUGAUGAUUUCCUGGGCUCUUGUGGUGAUGAUUAUCCUUUGACUAGAGCUGUUAAUAUUGCUUUGGGAAGAUCUGUUGAAACUGCUACUGGAAAACCUACAACGUCAAAUCCAACUAACGAAUUCGUUUGCGAAGACACGGGAUUUUUCCCUAAUCCAGAAGAAUGUUCGUCUUAUUAUCAUUGCAUGAGAAAUGCAGGAGGUGAUCUAGUAGCAAAUAUGCUGCACUGUCCUGGCAAUCUCCACUGGGACCAGGAGAAUCAGUAUUGCAAUUAUCCUGAUCAAGCAAACUGUAAUGUCUGAAACGUAUUGACAAUUAUGAUUUAUAUUAUUUUGUUAAAUAAAUAAAAGAGAUUGCAAUU